AUGGGAACUACUAUCAAAUAUUAUGAAAAGUUUGGUGGUCGAGAACCGGGCGCCAAAAUUGUGCCGGUACUCAACACCAUGAGACGUACUACGAAAAAGAUAUUAACAUUUAUUUUUGGUGUACUUUUCGCUGUGAUAUAUUGUGAAUUUAUUAUUUACUAUGUUGUCGUCAUACAGUGUUCUUGGCCAGUUAUAAAGACGCCGUAUAAUGAAUCCCAGUCGCUCAAAGCGUUCAUCUUUGCUGAUCCACAUUUGCUAGGCCCACGGCAGGGCCAUUGGUUGGAUAAAUGGAGAAGAGAGUGGCAGAUGCACCAGGCAUUUCAGUCUAUAAUGCUACUACAUAGACCAGACGUGGUUUUUGUAUUGGGGGAUCUUUUCGAUGAAGGCGAGUGGAGUACUGAUAGGCAGUUUGCAGGCUAUGUAGCACGCUUCCAUGAAAUGUUUCCAGUGCCUGCAGAUACACAGAUGCAUGUACUUGCUGGAAACCAUGAUAUAGGCUUUCACAAUUAUAUAUCGAGACAAUCGGAUCAACGUUUUAAGAAGUAUCUUAAUACAACAUCAGUCCAGUUAAUAACUGUAAAAGAUAACCAUUUUGUUCUUAUUAAUUCUAUGGCAAUGCACGGCGAUUCCUGCGAGCUAUGCACUCAAGCUAGAAAUCACUUACUUAAAGUGGCUGGAAUAUUCAAAUGUGCACAAGAUCCAUUAUUCUGUUAUGAUGGCAUCAAGAAAAUUGAGUUUAGUAAACCGAUACUUAUGCAGCAUUUUCCGCUGUACAGAAGGUCAGACGCGGUUUGCACUGAUCCAGACGCGCCGCCAUUGCCUGAACGAAAUAAAGAAUUUAUACCGAGAUAUGACUCUUUGUCUAAAGAAGCUACAGACUUUCUAGUCUCUAGGGUGAAGCCUAAGGUCGUGUUUGGAGGUCAUACUCAUCAUGGGUGCCUACAGCAUCAUGUUUAUAAGAAUCCAGAACAUUUCGAGUUCGAAGAAUAUUCUGUGCCGUCGUUUUCAUGGAGAAAUAGACCUAAUCCGAAGUUUAUGCUGGUAACGAUAACACCCGAUGACUAUGCAGUGCAUAAAUGUGAGUUACCAAAGGAAACUACUAUAGUAAUGACAGGCAUCAUCAUGCUAUUUGCCGUUAUAUGGCUGACUACACAACGAAAACUCAUUGGUAGAUGA